AUGGCCUCAACAACUGACUUGCGUGUUUCGAAUCUCUUCUCAUUGAAAGGUUAUGUCUGUCUUGUUACUGGAGGAGGGACUGGUAUUGGGCUGAUGGCCACUCAAGCACUAGCAGCAAAUGGCGCCAAAGUCUACAUCACCGGGCGAAGAAAGGAAGUGCUGGAGAAAGCAGCUAAGGAACACGACCCCGCGUCCGACGGUAGCCAACAAGGCGGACAGAUCAUCCCCGUAGGGCCAUGCGACGUGACGAAGAAGGCCGACCUAGAGAAACUCUGCAAAGAGAUUGAGAGCAAAGAAAAGCACCUCUCACUAGUUGUUGCCGCGGCUGGAAUCUCAGGCGCCAAAGGGCCGCCAGACACCAGCGAUGCCGAGAAACUGAAAGAAACUCUCUGGCAAGAAGAUCCGGAGGAGUGGAGCGCGACAUGGAACACGGACGUGACCUCCGUCUUCUUCUCGACGGUCGCAUUCCUCCCACUCCUACAGCGCGCACCAUCCGACCAAGCCAAAAGCGUCAUCGUCAUCAGCUCCAUGUCCGGCAUGAUGCGCCACAGCCAAGCGCACUUCAGCUACAAUGCCGCCAAAGCCGCGACGGUGCAUCUGACGCGCAUGAUGAGCAAGGAGUUCGCCAAGACCGGCGUGCGCGUGAAUUCGAUCGCGCCAGGCUAUUUCCCGAGCGAGAUGACAAUGAAGGAGAGCGAUGAGCGGAAUAAGGCGCACAUGCCCGACGAGAAGGUCAAGGAUAAAGGACAUGAGGUCCCCGCGGGUCGCUCUGGGACGGACGAGGAGAUGGCCAUGGCGGUGGUGUUUUUGAGUCGCUGUGGCUAUGUGAAUGGUGAGAUUGUAAAAUUGGAUGGUGGUGUAUUGAAUGAGGUUGGUAGUUAG